AAAUGGAGCACAUCUGUUCACGUAUUGAAUCAAGCGUUCUGUGAUAUUUAACUUACAGGUGCAGUCAAGUAUGCAUGCUAUAAUUUCUUAUGCUUAGUGCUUUGGGCCUUAGAUGAUAUAUUUUCAUGACUCUGAAGUAUAACAUGAUGCAAUGUGAUUCUUCUGCUUUUUUACGGUGGAGUUCCUGAUGGAUUUGUCGCAUCAAUUUUAUCCUUUGUCUUUAGGAUAAAAUAUAUGGUAAAAAGACAUGUGGAUGGACAUGAGUUGUGAAGCUAGUGGAAGUGAUUUCGAUGCUUAUGAAUAAUGGUGGAAGUGUAUAGGUUUUAAAUUAAGAACUUGACAUGGAGCUGUUGUUAGAAUUGAUAUCUAGUUGUAUUGCUCUGAAAAAUGACAUACCAAAUAGUAAUGUUGGCCCUUAGAUGACUAUAGCAGUAUGACAUUGAGGAAGGAAAAGAAGGAGGUGAGGAAAAAUUCCUUUUACACAUGCAGAUGAAUUUUUUUUCGGAAGAAGGGAAAAUAUACAGACAAUAUGGUAUCCUCUUAGAUAAAAAAAGGAUAAGAUUAAAAUAAAAGAAUCAUGAAAUUAACGUCGUCCUCUAAUUGCUUGACAUAUUUGAUAAGGACAUCCCUUGAAAAGAAACCAAUCAAAGAACACCAAAGGGGAGCAUAAACACAAUCCAAAUCCACCACCACCUCAACUGACACCAAAGUUUCAUUAAAUAUGUCUGCACCCCUUUCCAACCAAAUAUGCCAUAUAAACUGCAGAGGCUGCACACCACCUCAAGACUUGGUCUUCCCUUAUUGCUACAAUAACAGAAGUGGCCUUUUCUGGGGAAACUGCUGUGAGGUCAAAGCACACGCCUUGCUUGUGUAAAGGGAAAAUUCCUCGAAGGAGUUCUUGGACACUCAACGCCUUGUAACUCAUGCCUUUAUGUCCCAUAAGGCUGGAUUAAGAAUAGCUCACUUGGGUCUUCAUAGAGCAAUUUGUGUUCUGUUGGGAUGGGAUACUGUUGUUCCUCAAGAUACAGUAACGUGGGUUCCCCAGGUCUUGCCUAAUGCUGAAGCCCUGGCACAGAAGGAAGAUUUAAUUCUCUGGCCUCCUGUUGUUGUCAUCCAUAAUGUAUCAAUGUCUGAUGACAAUCCACAAAAGUGGAAGGUGGUAAGCAUGGAAACAGUUGAGGCUUUCAUUAGAGGCAAAGGCUUUGUAAGGGGAAGAAUCAAAGUAUGCUUAGGGAAGCCUGCGGACCAAAGUGUUAUUUUGGUGAAGUUCUUGGGCACUUUUGUUGGACUGGGAGAUGCAGAGAGGCUUAAUAAAUAUCUUUCUGAUUGCAAACGUGGAAGAGUGGAAUAUGGGAGAAUAAGAUCUAAAACUGGCAAGUGCAGUGUUCUUGAUGAACAGGAAAUACAGGGCGACAAAAUGGAGGGUAUUCUUUAUGGUUAUAUGGGGAUUGCUGAGGACUUGGACAAAUUAGAUUUCAAUUCUAAGAAACGAUGUAUCAUAAAGAGCAGAAAGGAGAUUGAGCUGCUAGAGAAGGAUCCUGUCAAAGCCAAUGAGAGGCGGUAGUUGCAGGUCAGCUCAAAGCUCGUGGGAAUUUCAUUUUCCCUGGAAGUAAGAAAGUAGAUUUGGUGUACUAAUUGCAGAUUUGAUUUGCCCUGUGCUUUUAUCAGUUAUUUUGUGCAUAGAUCAGGAAAUUGGAAUUUCAUGAAUCAAUAGUACUUCGUCUUUUUAA